CUGCUGGUUGAACUGAAGAACUCAUCUAAGGCAUGGCAUAAAAAUGAACUACCAGUAGGCAUGUCUGAGCCAUGGUCACCCCCACAGCACUUACACCUAUGAAGGUUCCCAAUCAUAGCCAUUUCUCUCUAUUUUCAUUUUCAGCAUUUCAGUCUUCCACCAAUUGUAUUUACUUGAUUGUGCCAAUGUUCAGAUUGACGCUGCCACAAAUCAGGGAGAGAGACUGGGCAGGCGCUAAGGGUAUUCUCCAGCUGAUCAGAGAAAGCAGGAAGAAUUMGGAGAGCAUCUCUGUAGCGACCGUCCUCAGCUGGAAGAAAAUGCAUUGAUUUAUUUUAGAAAGCUAAACAGAACAUUGUGAUCCUGUAUUUAUAAACAAAGCUUGUUUGGUCGUCUGUGUCAAGAGCGAGAGUGGAUUCAACGAAAACAGCAGUUGCGUGAGAUAGAGCCCUGUCCCCUGCCACUAUCUCCUUCUCUGUUUACCAGAAAGUUCUACUCCGCUCCUGGCCACGGAACGGCCCUUUUCCAACUGCACUGCCAGAAGGAGACGCUGAGAAAAGCAACAGUUUCAGAGUCUGAGCUGGAUUCAAUGAGGGAGCCAGAGCGGGAGGAGCAACCUGAAGACGCCAUCAUGCCUCCCAAAUUCAAACGACACCUCAAUGAUGAAGAGGUCACGGGAUCCAUAUGCAGCGAGAGGAGGAACCUGUUGGAGGAAGACUCUGAUGAAGAGGAGGACUUCUUCCUGAGGGGACCAACUGGACCCAGAUUUGGGGCCGGAAAUGACAAAAUCAGACAAGUUCAGUCGCAGGUUGAUGAGGUCAUCGAUGUGAUGCAGGAGAACAUCUCCAAGGUGAUCGACAGGGGAGAGCGACUGGAGGACCUGCAGGACAAGUCAGAGAGCCUAUCAGACAACGCGUCAGCCUUCAGCAGCCGAGCCAAGCAGCUGCACAGGAGGAUGUGGUGGAGAGACAUGAAGAUGAAGGCCAUCAUAGCUCUGGUGGUGGUCGUUCUGCUACUUAUCAUCAUCAUUCCAGUGAUCUUGCGGUAUCGCUAGUGUUUCGCCAGGAUGAGGAAGAAUCUCUCAAUCCUUCUCCUUCUCUUCCUCCCAUUCUCCUGCACAAAGUCCUCCACACCAGCUAGAGGGCACCAUCUGCCCAUAACCACAGAUCUAGGAUCAGCUCACCCUCUCCCAAUGCUAACCUUUACCGUUAGGAUGGAAAACACAAAACUGACCUAAGAUCAGUGUCUACUAGGGACCACUUCAUCCUACUCUGUGAGCCAGGGGCAAGGGUGACACAGGAAGCAUUACGUUGGUGUUACGUAAGGGUUGGGUUUGCAUCCCAAAUGAUAUCUUAUUUAGGGAAUAGGGUGUCAUUUGAGAUGCUGCCUGUGUCUCAGACACCUAAUCAAACUAAAGGAGAACUCCAUUCAGUACAUAAUACAUAUCAGCUAGUCAUUAAGGUUAAGUUUCAUAUCAUGUAGUCAGACUGAUUCUAAUGAUAGUGAGACUUUCAGUCAAUCUGUCUGCUCCAGUCAGUCCAUCAGCAGCUUAGAAACCGGUUAUACAGGACUUGCAGCACACCAAAAUAUUUGGAGAUUAAGAAUGGAACCCCUACUAGCACCACCUCCCAUCUCACAUGUUUAGAAUGCUUUCAAGCCAAAACUGAAAAUGAGGCAAUGGCUAAAUCUUAAUACACUACAGUGGCCUCCUCUACUUUCCUUCUUUCCUUUUCUUCACCCAGUUUGAUCUGACACUAGCGGGACUGGUUCAAGCCAGUGAGAGGAAGCCACUGUGGAGUAUUGGGACACCGUGUGUCCUACUGCCAUGUGUUACUGCUUGGCCACUGCUGAUCUCAUUUCCUGUUAGUAACACUAUGCUAGCUGUCUCUCUCCAGAUGGUUGAAUUUUACUGUUUCUGUGAUAUUGAGUUCUGUUGGAAGGUUAACGUGAAGCUUAUGAAUGUCUGCUGCUAUUCCCAUUACCCCUGAGGAGCUAAGGGACAGACACUGUUCAUUCCACUGCAAAUGCUGGAGGCGUCUGGUACCACUUGUUUAUUCUGUGUGUGUGUGUGUGUGUGUGCGUAAGUGCGCAUGUGUGAUUUUCCUAGUCUGCCCUGUACUGAGAUUACGUGCCCUCGGUAUCCAAACAUGCACGGCUUGUGAUGCAGGUCACCAGUACUGCCACACCACAGCAGCAUAACAUUUGAGUAACACUUAAUUUAAAUCAGAAAUAUUCAAUCUGGUUUGCUUAUUUCCUUAUAAAAUCAUAGUAGGCCUAUAAUUUAGCCACAGAGGAUCACUAUAUAUAUAUUUUAAUGGCCUAGCUGUGGAUUGUAGCCCAYUAACAAGGUAUAGGCUACAGCCAGGAAUGUGCUGCAAAUCUGCCAGUAAACAGCAUGCAGACAACAGGCCUUUCGCAAUAUUUAAAAUAGUCGCAGGAAAACACAGAUUGGAUAGCAAAUGGCUCCUGCUGAAAAGAGAAGACUAAUCUGUCUGCUGUAGGAAACCAAAAUAGUUGAGCAACUUCCAAAAAGGCGAUCAAGUGACCAUUGUUUACAGGUUAGAGAUAGGCUUUUGGCAUGACAGCAUCAGCCAUUGCGACUAGUGAGCUGUGCAUUAUUUCUCAUUGGGUAAGUCAGUGWAACUGGAAAGCUUUUUUAAGACUCAUUUCUUCAUAUUGUACAAUAUGUGUGUCUCCACACACCUAGGCCUAUGCUAUUGAUGGAUUCAAGACGUUUUUAAUGAUUUCAGUGUCAAAGUAGACUGUCAUUUCGAUCAUUUUUGCGGUACUUAAAAAGAUUCUGCCAAAGUCUGCAGUCAUGUAAAAUMAUGUAGAAUUGCAUGAAAUGCGUUUACACAAGGCCCAAUUUCUCCCGCCUCUACUGCUCUAUUCCACUACGCAAAUGCGAUGAUAUGCAUGCAAUGCUUUAUUACACUGAACAAAAAUAUAAAUUCAACAUGCAGAAAUUUCAGUUCAUAGUU